AUGAAGAGAAAUAAUAAAUAUCCUAAAUCAAGAAAUAAAUUUAAACAUCCUAAGGAAAUAGAAAAUUUUCAAAGUAGAUUUAUGGCUUUAAGUAAACCGUAUAUUAUUGGCUAUAUGAGUGUGGACGAAGCCCGGCAGUAUCACUUUAACUUGUCUCAGUUAAAAUAUUUAACAAAAAUUCCGACAGGAAGGAUACAUUUCAACUUAAAUCACAAUAUAGAUGCUCCUUCCAAGCGUACAACAGAUAACAACAAUGAAAUGAUUAACCUUUUGUUACAAUAUCUUUUAGACCAAAGAGAAUGUUUAAAUUUGAUUAGUAAAAAAAUUGACUUUAUUUGCUACAGGAGAACUCUUAUUAGUAUUAUGUGUAAUGCUUUUGAUGAAGUUGAACCGUUGCUCAUUUCAGCUUGCUUGUAUAAUGGUUCUAUUUACUUGUGUACAUUAGAUACUCUGCAGGAAAUCAUGAAGAGAAAAUCGCGCACAAAAGAAGAGGAAAAGUUUUGUGCUUGGGGGUAUAAAUUUGAACAGUAUUUGCUGUCAGAUUCACCCAACACUUGCCCUAACAUUGAAAGGCCAGUCAUAGAAAAUGAAGAAUUCUCUUUGUUUUACUAUGCUUCUUUAGGUAGUUAUAAUUUAAUUUAUGGUGCACAAAUUGAUGGAAUGUUAGCUACAAAUGGUGCAGUACCAAACCCACCAGCAAAUUUAAAUACCGAAAGUAACUUAAACUAUUUAAGAAAUAAUGAAUAUUUAGAAUUGAAAACCAAUAGACAUUUAAUGAAUCAAAGACAAGAAAGAAAUUUUAGAAGAUACAAAAUGUUAAGAUGUUGGUGCCAGUGUUAUUUAGCAAAUCUAAAAGGCCUACUUGUAGGCUUCAGAAAUGAAGAAGGUAUUGUAGAAAGAUUACAAUGGUAUGAGCAACAAGAAAUUAUUAAAUAUUGUAAAAAUGAAUGGAACCCUGAAACAGCACUUAAUUAUCUGAAUUAUUUUCUCAGUUACAUUAAAAAUUGUUUAACGCAGAAAACAUGUACAGGUCCUGUUACUUUAAAUUUUCAAUUAAACUCUGAUAAAACAAUAAAUGUCAUUGAAAAUUCUAUAUAUGAAAUUUUACCGCAGUGGUAUACAACUAAUUAA